AUAAACAUAACGUAUCAAUAUUUGCUAGGGUGUUUUACCCAUAAUGAAGUUUUAAUAAACUUGAAAAAUAUGUAAAAAUAUUGACUUGUUUAAGAAGAAGAAAAUAUAAACGCAAAGUGGACCAGAAACAUGAGAAACACUACUUUUUAAAUACAUGUACAAUUAUUACAUGUAUCAUUACUGUUGGUGUGUUGAAAUCAAUCACAUCUCUAGAUUGGACUUGAAUUGGCUUGAACGCGAGUUUAUUUCAAAAUGUUUAUCAAUGAACUUCCAGACGAUUGUUUGCUCAUCAUUUUUGAUUCAAUAAAUGAAUUGGAUGACUUAUUAAACUAUUAUAAAGUAUGCAGCAAAUGGAGCCGUUUGAUUGCAGAGCGAGCUAAAAAAGUUAAAUAUUUGCUCGAACAUCGAAAUUGGUACAAUGAUGGAAAAUCUCCAAAUUAUUCGUUUGAUUUUGUGUAUUAUCGAACAAAGGAACCAAUCGAUGGAUCUUGUCUGGCAACAUUAUUUCCAAAUUUAAUAAUUGGUGAGUUUGGUGUAGGAUUCCGUUUAAAAGUAAAACAUGAAGAUAUGGUUACAUUGGUGAAACAGAUAAAAUCUUUUAAAGGAUUGAUUCAUCGAUUUUAUGACAGAUAUGAAUCAAUUUUCCAAUAUUGUGAUCAACUCGAAAUGGUAUCCACCGAUUUUAUGGAGCCAUACAUACAAAAGAUAGGUGUCAAUAUUAAACAAUUACACAUUGAAAGUUAUGAGGCGAUUCAUUUCGUGAAAGAUGCACACUAUUUUCCAAAUCUUGAAAGACUACACAUUCGUCUUGAUGCAGACCACUCAGAGGGCUACUACCAUGGUCCCAUAUUGAGAAGACUUAAAAAAGUUGAAUUGUCUUUGCCUUCUUAUGAUGGGCAAGAAGACUUCUAUGGUUUCCAGUUCAUGGAUUCAUGUCCUAAUUUACAAAGUGCACAUAUUUACUUGAACACGCAUCGCUUUUUUGUCGAUGAAUCAAUAAAACACAAAUCCCUGCAAGAUCUAGUUCUAGAAUUUUAUGAUCCUUAUUGGAAGAAAGGUGUCGACUGGAAUGACUUGAAAAGAUUGCUCAUGAAAUAUCCAAAUCUUAAACAUCUCGCACUGAGGAGCUUCAAGGAUCUGGAAAAUGAACAUAUGGAGCAAUUGGUUCGUAUUCUACCCAAUUUGGUGUUAUUUGCUGUUCGUAGUUGUCCGGGAUUCACUCGAAAGGCUGCUAAUUGCAUUCAAAAUUAUAAUAAACGACGUGGACGAUCAAUCAAGUUUUAUUUCAUGAGAAUUACCAUGAAAUUCAAUUAGAUUGGCCUCAGUUAUUCACUAAGUAUGCUAAAAUCGGUCUAGGUUUUGAUUUCAUGAAACAUUGUUUUCUCAAAAGUUUUCGUAGCCUUCCUACUUUCUUAAUCCCGAAUGAAGACUAAAUACAGAAAUUUCUCAAUAAAGAGUCUGCAACUGUUCGUGAGAA